AUGCUUCACCACGGCGUUGGACGACUGGUUGAACAAACCCAAUAUGAACUCCUUGAACUUGUUGUACCAUUUCUUGUAUGCAGGCAUGUGAACGUAAUCGCUGACGGUCCUCAAAAGGGUCUCAGUAGCCAUCUUGGAGAAACGGUCGGCGAAGGAUGGAAGAGCAGGUACCUGAUUCAACAUGUAUGCGCUGUAGCCGCCAGAUAUCUGGCGAAUGCGAGCCUCAGGGUGGAUUCCAAGGUCCACAGGAAGGUUCUCUCUAACCAGACGCUUCAACGCCUUCCUGAUACCGAAACCGAACAGCUGAGUCGUGAAAGCAAGCUUGUUGAAGAACUUCGCUUUACCAAGGUCAACAUUGAGGUAGGUCUUGUAGUACAGAGUAGUCAUGUAGAAGUACUGCGAUGCGAAGUUCUCAACAUCAUCGAUCUCAGGGUUGCGAAUAAUAUUCUUCUUCGCCAAGCUAAUGAGGAAAUGGUGGUAGUCGCCGUGGCUGCUCCUUGA